ACUGUAGCUCCGCCCGUAGCCGUGCGCCUGAGUCUCAUUCAAAACAGAGCACAGCUGUUGUGAGGCGCAUCGCCCUGUCCUUACAUUAGCUCACAUUGUUAGCUGUCCUGUAUCUCCUCGUCUGCUCAUGAACCCGCUGGAAACCAGGCUGCAGGGAGAGGAAUACGGCGCAUCUCGGUGAGUGGCAGCAAGAGGAGGAUAGGACCUGACUGAGCAGGACACAAGCGUGCAGACCUCAGCCCUGCACUAUGCACAUCUGACACACACCCUGGAGUGGUGGGUUUUGCUGCUGCUGAGGAUGAGGAGAGGUCUCCUGCACUGAAGGUCAAUGUUGUGGGAAUGAUGGACCUGCCCAAUGGCCAAUCAGGCAUCACUACCAUCGCUGCCACUCUCUCUGAGAAGAGUAGCAGCUCAGAGUCUCUGAGCGAAAAGGGCUCAGAGCUGAAGAAGAGUUUUGAUGCUGUUGUGUUCGACGUGCUCAAGGUCACUCCAGAAGAAUAUGCAGGGCAGAUCACACUCAUGGACGCUCCGGUGUUCAAAGCCAUCCAGCCAGAGGAGCUGUCGAGUUGUGGCUGGAACAAGAAGGAAAAGCACAGCUCUGCCCCAAACGUCGUGGCCUUCACUCGCAGGUUUAACCAGACCAGUUUCUGGGUGGUUCGAGAGAUCCUCCACGCACAGACGCUCAAAAUCAGGGCAGAGGUGUUGAGUCUUUACAUUCGCACUGCCAAGAAAUUGUGUGACAUGAACAACCUCCAUGCAGUAAUGGCUGUGGUUUCAGCGUUACAAAGUGCACCAAUCUUCAGACUCACAAAAACAUGGGCGUUACUCAGUCGAAAGGACAAGGCGACGUUUGACCGACUUGACUAUCUGAUGUCUAAAGAGGACAACUACAAGAGGCUCAGAGACUACAUCAGCAGCCAGAGCAUGGUCGCCUGUAUACCAUACCUGGGCAUGUACCUGUCAGACCUGACGUACAUCGACUCAGCCUAUCCCUCGACUGGCAGCAUACUGGAGAACGAGCACAGGUCCAAUCUCAUGAACAACAUCCUCCGAAUCAUAUCCGACUUACAGAGAUCCUGCACAUAUGAUGUGCCUGUGAUGCCUCAUAUUCAGAAGUAUCUCAACUCUGUCAGAUACAUAGAGGAGCUGCAGAAGUUUGUGGAGGACGACAAUUACAAGUUGUCACAGAAGAUUGAGCCAGGCACCAGCACACCACGAGCUAAUGCCUCUAAAGAGGACCUUGUUGGUCAGGAAGCUUCUCCUCUCUGUGGUCGUAAAUGCACAAUCGCAGCUGAAGGAACCAAAGUCCCCGCCACUCCCCCCUCUCCACGAAACCUCCUGCCCUACGGUCACAGGAAGUGCCACAGUCUGGGAUACAAUUUUAUUCACAAGAUGAACACGGUUGAGUUUAAAAGUGCGACGUUCCCAAAUGCUGGCUCCAGACAUUUACUGGACGACAGUGUGAUGGAGAGCCAGAGUCCGAGCCGAGUCCAGGCCAAGAGUUCCACUUUGUCCAGCGGCAUCUCACUCGGGAGCAGUGAAGGGUCAGAGCUGAGUGAAGAGGUGUCAUGGCCGGCUUUUGAGAGGACUCGCUUCUACCACUCUCUGGGCCCAGUGACCCGAGUGGCUCGAAUCCCCUACAGAGGCGUCCUGAGGCCCAGCAGCUCAGCUGAGUCAGAGGAGCUUGCGGUGCACUUGUAUCCCGGGGCGGUCACAGUACAGGGCGUUCUGAGGAGAAAGACUGUGCUGAAAGAGGGCAAGAAACCAACAGUGGCAUCUUGGACCAAAUACUGGGUGGCACUCUGUGGUACCCAGCUUUACUACUACACUGCCAAGUCCCUGAAGGCCACAGAAAGGAAGCAUUUUAAGUCCACAUCGUGUAAGAGUGUGUGUGUGGUGGGGCUCAUGGCGAUGAUGGCGGACGACCCCGAGCAUCCUGAUGUUUUUAUGCUCACUGACUCAGAGCACGGUAACACGUACAAGUACCAAGCAGGAAAUCGAAUGAACGCUUUACUUUGGUUCAAGCAUCUGAGCGCAGCCUGCCAGAGUAACAGGCAACAGGUACCAGCCAAUCUGAUGUCCUUUGAAUGAGCCACAAAUUGAUGCCGAUGCUACGAUAAGCAGAAACAGUAUUGUCGCCAGUAGAGGGCGCCGUCACUGCCAUGAGCCCUGAACGCCAAACUUACCUAGUCUACGUGUCUCUCCACCACUGCCUUAACCAGAGAACCUGCUUGUAUGUAUGUGGUUACUAUGGCGAUUUAAGACACUAGUUUGGCUUGUAUUGACUACUGAACAAGGACGCACACCACUGCUCCUGUCUCCCACCUCCUGUGUCAUCAUUUUUGCAGUUUAGCACUUCAGAGCCAUUUUGACAACAAAAAGAUUUACAGAAAGACAUUAAUAAUAGAACUCUCGGAAUUUCUUUUAAGUAUUGUAAUUGUCAUCCCACUAUAUGCUUGAACAGAGGACUUUUUGGGACACCCCACAGGACGGACCCAUUGAUCGGUUACAAACUUUUUAUACACAGUUCUUCACUUGAGUUAAUUCACAAUAUUAUUUAACACUCUUGCACUCCUGCACACAGACUGUUUUGAUUGCGAUCUUGUAUAAGGGCUCUAUAUAGCAAUCAAAUCCAGCAUUUCCUCACUUCCUGAAUGUGUCUCUUUGUAACAUAAUGGUAUGUUUGUAUGUAUGUGUGUCUUUGUAAUAACUGCUUGGGUGAGGAGAAAACGGGACGCAGGGGUCUAAAAAGAGUUAUUUAUAGCUAUAUCUUGUUGGUAGGUACGAUUUAACCCAGAAGUCUAAGCUAUCAGACAUGGUUUUUGUUACAUCCUCAGUUAUUUUGCGUUGCUCAGUAGUUUUCCUGUUGACUUUUAUCACUUGGGUCUACCACAGUAGCACACAUUAAACACUACAGGUUUGAAACUGUGAAGAUAUCCCAAUUAGUUAACCAUAUGUCUCAUUUUUUUUUGCUUUGGGACAGUUUUUCAGAGCUGCCUGGAGCCAUGAACUUUUAAAUCAGUUAUUAUUAUUUUUGUGCUCUUAGUUUAUUUCCUAAUGUGGGAGAGAUGGUGCAGUUCACAGUAUUACAUUGUGGUAGCAAAUUGCACGUGAUAGUAAUGGUCUGUUACAUUUAUUUGUUAUGUUUUAUGUUUUCUUCCUUUUUUUUUGAAUAUUUUAUGUACUUUUAGAUUUGAUCUUUUUUUCCCCUUUAUUUGUUUAUAGAUUUUGAAUUCAUUGCUUUGAAAUGGCAUAAGCACCUUGAUUUAGAUUGGUGCCAAAAGAUAAAAGUAGUGUUUAGAGGCAGUGCAGCAAUAGGGCAAGCUGUAGGCAGGUUACAAUAGGGCCGCCAACAUGUUUUUUCUCAGUGGCAAACAGUAUGAUCUUGAUUCAUUUGCAUUUUCUAUUACAGACAAAUGAAUACAGGUAGUGAUAACAAUGGCUACCUUAUGUUGAAAUUCAAAAAUCUCACCAUUAAAAAGAGUUUACAUUGUAUGUUUACAGAAUCAUUUGCCCGAAAUAUCUUUCUGUCUGGACCAUAUUUAACUGUAAAAGUCCAUGGGAAAGUAUUAAACUUGGCUUUUCUUGACUGUUCUUAAAAGUCAGUGUACCUGAACAUACGGUGUCUUCCCUGCCAGCUCUCCAGCAAAACUGAUUCCUUAAAAGUUGGGGCACUCACUGCAUAAAAUGUAAAGAAAAAAUAAAAUCUCAUAGAAUCAAUUUUUAACGAUAUAUAAGAAAACAUACUUGCCUGAGAUCCAGUAUAUACCCUUCUUCAAUAGGAAGAUGUGAGUCUGGUCAGUAGGGAAUCUCCCCAUUUUCAAAUGGGUUUGAUUGACAGGUGGAUUAGCCAAUCGGGGACACACAUGGUCCGUAACGGAAAAAAUAAAAAAUGUCACAGGGGGCUGAAAAAACAGUGCGGAUUUCUGCAGAAUGAAUGAGCCAAACCCUAAACUCUGUUAAUCUGAGGUGAGAUGAAUUAGAUUUUAUUUGUAAAUCAUAGGUGACUAAUGAGCUCCUUCACCAGGCAAAAGACAGACGGUAGAUAUCUUGUUUUUGAACUACUGUUGAUUCACGAAUUCGUAAUAAAUCUCAUAAAUAAAUCUGGCACCUAGAUUCAAAAUAUUAUUUCAUCCAAAAAUAUGCACGUGUUCAAUAAUAUUUUCUGUGUGAAAUGUCUUGCCUGAAGCACAAGGGCAAUAUGAAGAAUUGUUUUGCCUCUGAAGCAACUGUUUUAGUCUCUUAAAUUACUGUAUUGUUUAUGCAACAGUUUAUCUCAAAUUUAGUUUCAUGAGAUUUGCAUUUUACAUUCUAUACUGUGACCUAAUGAUCUUCAGAUUGACUUAAAUGUCCUCCCCUAAAAUGUAUGAAAUGUUGGUAUAUCACCUUUUAUAUCAGGAUAAGUUUGUGUUGUUGUGUAAGUUUAUGUUUAAGCAGGAAUGGGGAAAGUCAAAACGUGGCAGAUCCUGAGAGCACCAGUUUGAAUUUGUGUGUGCAAAUAUCCCUAUUUUUUAGACUUUCAAAUUAAAGUCAGAUCCAUGACUGGCAAAACCCCAAGGCUGAAACUAAGCCUUUAAUUUUGGUCCGUGGCUUCAUCUCACUUAGAGUUUGGUGCUCUGCCAUACUCGGUGGAAAGAAGAAAAGAUAGUAAGUGUUUUGUUUGGUUUGAAUGUGGUAGAUUGGUCCUAUUGUGGUGAAAGGCUAUGAGAUGUCAAUUUUGAUACUGGAAUAUGAAAUACUGUUAUUUCAUACGGGAAAGAGAGGGCUCAAUAAUUUGUCUAUCAGCAAAUGAAAUGGGUGAAAUCUUCCAGGAAGAUCUAUUUUGAAGAAUUUUUCAUUUGUGGCAAUCAUCCAAAUUGUCACUAUGCCUUUGUACACUUCAAUCUUUCUGGAUGCUCAAAGGACAGACAAUAUUGAAAUUAAAAUAUUUCUGUUUUUAUUUUACAAAGAUGCACAACCCAUUCAAAUUCAGUGGGUCUGGGUAUACCUUUUCUUUAAUUUGGGUGUUCAAAUUCCACCACAAUUGUCAAGUGCUUUUUUGUUAUGUUGUAAUGUAAUUUUGUUUUCAUUUUGUUUGCAAUGUAUGGUCAAAAUAAUGGAAAUGCAUAGGCUUAUUAGGAUAUGUCCGGCCAAAUCAUAGUACCGGUAGUAGUAAUAUAAUUUUCCAUUUAAAAAAAUCAUAUUCCCAUUUUGUAUAAUUACAGUGAAAGCCAAAUGAAGCAAUGUUUUGUAAAAAGAUUGUACUGUCUUUGGAAUGCACCAAAUCCUAGUAAAUUUAAGUUUAUCAUUUCAUCUAUUUAGAAUAAUUUCACCCAGAAUAUGCAAAAUUAUGCCCUGCCUAAAUAUCCCAAGCCGCACUAAGUUCUUACAUUUUGACCAUAUGCAAAAGCACAAUUCUAUCUUUAUUGUCAGCUUUAAAUCUGCAGUGAGAGUCCAUGCAAAAAGCUCAAACUAGUAUGUGUCACUGUUUACAAAGGACAUCCAUCAGCAGCCUCUUAAUCAUUUCAGGUGACUAGGUUUCAUGGAGUGAUUGCCCUUUGAACUGUCUGCCUGCCUCGUGGUGUGACUACAGCGGCGCUGUGACCUCAGUGCUGAGUGAUGCGCUACCUAAAGUUUGGAGACUGAGAAACCAAUAAACACUCUGCCUUUUUUACUCCACA